CUCCGACUGUACUAGUAUCGUAACGACUACAGCAGGAGCAUGCGACGCCCGAGCCAUGGCAGCAGCAUCUCGGACAGCGGUGGCCGGCGCAUGUUUGCGACGCGCCACAAGACGACGCUGGCGCGGCUCUUCAAGAAGGACGAGCCGGCCAACAUGCACUUCUCGGACGAGGUCGUGCUCAUGGAAGGGGCUUUGACCAAGCUCUCGCACAGCAAGUACUUCCCGACCAAGCCCACGUACUUUAUCCUGCGCUCCGACACAUGGUCGCUCUGUCAAUACAAGAGUGCGACCGACUUGACGCUCCUCAGCGAAACGCUACUCUCGAAAGACGACAUUGUACGCGACAUUAGCGAUUGCGCCGAGUCCCGCUGCCCGUACGUCAUGGAGCUACUGCGCCCGCACUACAACCACCCGCUGCGCCUUGCGACGCGCGAAGCCCGCGCGCUCGAGCAAUGGCUGGGCGCGCUCGAGACGGCCAUCUUUGAGGUCGGGCGCACGCCGUCGUCGUCUCUCCAGAGCGCCGGCCGCGACGUCGCGACGCAUGCGCUGCCGACCGAAGAGCGCACCCCCGUGGUCAUCCGCAGCGCCACGCUCCCACCCCCGGCGUCGUCGUUGCAGGCACCCUUACCACAUGGUGACGUGACGUUGGAUGCGCUCGAGGCCGACCUCCUUGACGACCGAUUGUCCAGCGGCAACAACGACAACAACAACGAUCCGCGCUGCAGCGACCACAAGGUGCGAUCGAGCAGCGCGGCCAAAGACCACGAGCUCGAGUCGUACGACGACAGCAGCGAUGCCAACGAGACCAACCAAAGCGACAACGACGACGACAACAACAACAAUGGCGACAACGAUACCGACGGCUACACGCCCGAGAUGCAAAGCCCCGAGGCGGUCGAAGACGUUCGGACCAUUACAUCGCCGCCCGCACCGGCCGUCUUGCACGACCGUGUCUUCAAGCCCAAGGGCAACGUCGCCCGCGUCGCACCGGGGCUCACGCGGAACGGGUACCUUAGCCGCGGAAACGUCCACUCGUUCAGCGCCAGCGGCCAGCUCUUCACGCUGGACCUCAAGUACUCGCUCCUCAAGCCCAUUGGCACCGGCGCGUACGGCGCGGUGAUUGCCGCCAAGAACCAUGAGGAUGGCAGCAGCGUCGCGAUCAAGAAGAUUGCGAGCAUCUUUGACGACCUCGUCGACGCCAAGCGCAUUCUGCGCGAGACGCGGCUGCUCGGGCAUUUCGCGCACAAGAACAUCACCAAGCUGCUCGACGUACCCGCGCCGCCGUCGCGGGAAGCGUUUGAGGACAUGUACAUCAUUGCCGAGCUCAUGGAGACCGACUUGCACCAAGUGAUUUACUCGAUGCAGCCCAUGUCGGACGACCACAUCAAGUACUUUUUGUACCAGAUCCUCUGCGCGCUGCACCACAUCCACUCGGCGGGUGUCAUUCAUCGCGACAUGAAGCCGUCCAACAUCCUCCUCAACUCCAACUGCGACCUCAAGAUUUGUGAUUUUGGCUUGGCCCGUGGCGGAUUUCCCGAAAACGCCGAGCUCACGGAAUAUGUGGUCACACGCUGGUACCGCGCGCCCGAGAUCAUGCUCAACUGCCUCAACUACACCGAGUCGGUCGACAUGUGGGCCGUCGGGUGCAUCUUGGCGGAAAUGAUGCAGCGCGAGCCGCUCUUUCCGGGCAACGACUACAUCCACCAGCUCAAGCUCAUCAUCAAGUUUAUGGGCACGCCCAAGCAAGAAGAAAUCGAGUUUGUCAAGAACGCCAAGGCGCUUCGGUUUUUGACCAAACUACCAAUCUACAAGGCGACCAAGCUCGACGAGGCAUUCCCGAGUGCCAACCCCGAGGCGGUCGACCUCCUCAAGCAAAUGCUGGUCUUCAACCCCGAGAAGCGCAUCUCGGUGCUCGACGCGCUGCAGCACCCGUAUCUGCAAGCCUUCUACGACCCCGCCGACAUUCACGCGUCCCCGCCCUUUGACUUUGAGUUUGACAUUCCCGAUGAAAAGCUCACGAAAGACGCGCUUGUGGACCUGCUACUGGAAGACGUGGCGGUCUUCCACCCCGAGGUGACCCACUGGGCAAGGCCGAGCCCGCCCGUCGCCGAAGCGUGAGCGCAAUUUCUACUCCAUUUCUCGUCGUAUCGUUCCUUGCUUUCUGUCUACACUAAACUACUAAUCUACUAACUUUAUACACUCA